AUGCCCAGACAAGCAGCAGGAUUCUGCGACAGGAUGACUCAGAGCGCAGAUAUGAUCGGUGUUGAAGACACUGCAGCUUUGGCCUCACUGCAUUUUGUUCUUUGCGCUCAUGACAUCAAUGAGCAGUACUGGCCACACUUAGAACGGAAUAUGAUUUUCAAGUUUGUAGCUUUUGCAAAAGGCAAUUCUUUCAAAUCCUUAGGGGGAAAUACCGUGACCCAAUCGGGCCUCGUCAGCUGCCACAAAGCAAUGGCACAAGUCACCGGCCAAGGUUCAGCAGAACUCCGGAACAUGACGCAGAUAUCAUCGGUGUUGCUGACACUGCAGCUUUUGCCUCGAGUGGAUGCAAGGAUGCCUAUGAUUUGUGCCGCUCAAGUUAGUGCGUUGUCCAAGCUCUGUGAAUGUUAUGGAGGGCUGCCAAGAGCAAGAUGCACUCGCUGA